AUGCCUACAGUGGAUUUCGAUCUCAGAACGGUCCCAGAUAUUAUCGAAGCACAACUAACCCUUAGCUAUAGUCGUCUCUCUGACAUUAUUCGUGUUAUCAUUGAGCAAGGCAAUGGACACGAGGAUGACAUCGAGGAAAUGCGAAAGAGCGUAGUCACGCUCACAAAAAAUUGUGAGCUCUUGCAAGAGGAGGUUAAUGAACUCAAAGCCAAGGCGGGCGACAGGGGAUCCAUGGUGGAAAACGUCGAGGAGUUACGGAAAACAGUCGUGGAUCUCUCAAAGAAUGUGGAGGAUCUAACCCAAAAGCAGGCUGAAGACGUAGCCGAGCGUCGAGAAGUUGAAAAUCGUUUCCAGUCCACAAUGGACACCACGGCUACGACCCUGCAGGAGCUGGAAGGCCAGAUGAACCGCAACUCGACUCAGUUGAACAACCUGGAGGAGUCGUUGACCGCGGUGCGGGCAUUCUCGGAUCUCUGGAAUGGGAAUUUGGAGCAGAUGACCGUUUUAUCCCGCCGCGACGAAAAGGACCCUUCUCAGUUCGAGCACGACGUCGAUGAGCGCGCUGAGUACCUGCUCAGCUUACCGGCCUUUGAGAAGCUUCGCGAAGAGCUGCAAGUACUUCGCUUAAUGAUCAACACACAGGCGACGGAUUCUAUAAAAAUGAAAGCCGAUCGCAAUGCUUCCGACACACGCGGUAUUAUAGCUGAGGUUCAGGAAACUUUGCAAACCUUAAAUAAGCGCUUGUAUGACCUGGAGGAUGCCAAGUCCGAUCCCAAUCUAACAAAUGGAACUUCGAAUACGAAGCCAAGAGACAUUAGUAUGAGCAAUCAGGACGAAACCUCGGUUACCAGCUCUCUUGGUCAGAAUGAGAAGAAAGGGAGCCGAGGUGACGCCGCGGUAGGCGUAAUUGUGGAGGACCUCGCGAAUCGGAUAUCAGGUUUAGAGGCCGCGAUGAAUCUCUUGCGAUCUCCUUCAGAGAGAAAUACGGCCACAGGUAGGAGCGGCACUCCUCAACCGUCUAAUGGCGCUGGUGUGGGGCAGGAGUCCUCAAACAGCAUUACAUCGUCGACCGUCGUGUACAGGAAGGACUCGCAGCCAACGGAGCGACGAUCUUUCCACAACACCCCACGUGCCGCGGGGCAAAGCGGUGAUCUGAUCCACCGCAUCGAGGAGCUUGAGGUGACGGCGGGCUUACUAGAGACUAAUAAAGCAGACCGACGCGAGCUUUACGCAUUGGAGGAUGCUUUAAAUCAAAUAUUCCAAAAGGACGGUCAUGGGCCCAUUUCUCGACGACCAAGUUCUGCCAAACUUCCUCCCAUAGCCCAUAACGGGGGACCCCGCGUGGGGGGAGGCCCUCUUUCUGACUCUCACGGACUGCCUUAUGAAGGGAUGCCGAGUUCGAUGCAUAGGUCAUCAUUGUACGGCCGGCCGCUAUUCGUGAGCAAUUCUUCCGUCCAAUUACGCGACGGAUCUCACGUGACAAGUGCAUCAAUUACUCCCGUUCAAAGGCAGUAA